AUGCAAAAGCAGCAAGAGGCUGAGAAUGCGGAGGGUGCUGCUGGAAAGAAGAAGAAGAAGGUCACCGCAGCCCAGCUUCGGGUGCAACGAGAUCUCCAAGAACUCACGCUUGGGAGUACCAUGAAAAUGACCUUCCCUAAUCCCGACGACAUCCUCAAUUUCACCCUCUCCAUCGAGCCGGACGAAGGCAUGUACAAGGGUGGCGUCUUCCACUUCUCCUUCGUCGUCAACCAGAACUUCCCACACGAUCCCCCGAAAGUCAAAUGCACACAAAAGAUCUACCAUCCCAAUAUCGACCUGGAAGGGAACGUGUGCCUGAACAUUUUGCGCGAGGAUUGGAAGCCAGUCUUGAACUUGAACGCCGUUAUUGUCGGCAUGCAGUUCCUGUUCCUUGAACCAAAUGCCUCCGAUCCCCUCAAUAAGGAUGCUGCGGAAGAUCUCCGCGCCACCCGUGACCACUUCAAGAAGAACGUGCGCAACUCUAUGGCCGGCGGGUCCGUCCGAGGCGUAUCGUUCGACCGGGUGCUACGGUGA